AAAAAUCUAUCAUCACUAUUCAUUCUGUUGAAUUUUGCAGUAACUAAUAAUACCUAGUAAUGGGCAAGAAGAAAUUCAUCGAUAAAAAGAAAUCGGCGACGUUUCAACUACUCGCCCGAGACACCUCCGAUCCAUUUUAUAGUGACUCACCUGGUAAUGACCGAGUCUUCGUCCGAGUUGACACCAACCCCGUCUCCUUCGACGCUGUCUUUGACGAAGAUAGCAAUUGCUGUAACGACUGCCACUGCGAUAACGAGGACUCUAUAUUCGCCGAUGCUCCUGAUGACAAUGACGGCGGCGGCGAUGAUCACGACAGGGUGUUGGGAAACUCAUCUCGUGCGGUCGUGUACGAUGAGGGCGCAUUGCCGAAGAAUGUCCGUAAGGAGAUUUUGGAGCUAGGUUUUCCAGAUGAUGGUUACAACUAUUUGAUUCAUUUGAGAGAGAUUAGAAAUACCGGCGGGGGCUCUUCUUUCCAUCAUAACCCUAAGUUCAAGCCCGACCAGCUUCCUAGUGAUGCUAAGGCCUAUGAUGCUUCGAGGGUGCAAAUAUCGAAUUCAAAAGGAAAUUACAAUGAGAAAUCGAUUUACAGUGUUGCUUCAAACACACUUAAUGCUAGGAUGAACAAAGUGUUUGACCCUGAAGUGGCUGCACUGCUUAAUGAUAGCGAUUUGUCACGGUUUGGAUCUGAUGUCGAGGAUUUGGAAGAGGAUUUUGUUGUUAGAGCAAACACCGGUGAAGGAGGAGAGGGUGAUAAGAAGUCGAGUUUUGUUGAAGAAUCUGAGUUUAUUCAUGAAGGUGUUAUGAAUACUGAAUUGGAAUCAUGUAACCAAGAGAUUGCAAGUGAAACAAGGAACUUUCAAGUGGAAGAAAAAUCACGCCCCCGACGUCUUUUGGAUGAGCAGUUUGACAUUCUUGAGCUUCAAGAAUAUGGCUCCGAUGACAAUGAUGAUGAUUGUGAGGGUUACAUGGCUGAAGAAGAAGAGUUACUGGCAGACAAGCUAAAAAAUGUUCUAAAUGAGAAUGAUAUGGAUGAUUUGGAGCAGGAUGAUGAGUAUAAAGCUCCUGCUCCUGAUAUCAUGCGUCGUUGUGCUGAAUAUGCCAAAAAGUAUGAAAAUGAAAGUGAAGAUGAAAAAGAGAUUGUCGUGGAGGAAAGCAGCGAUGAAUCGGACCAUUUUGAUUGUGAGAGCAUCAUUUCCACAUAUUCGACUCUUGAUAACCACCCUGGAAAAAUUGAAGCUCCGGCAGGUGCUAGGAAAAAGAAGUUGGCCGAAACUGUUUCUGCUGCUUUGAGUGCCAAAAGUCCGGUGAUAGCUCUCAGGGGAAAAGAAAGGCUCCCGGUAGACUUUUUACCUUAUAGCAGAAAGGCUACUACAGAAAAAGUCAAGAUUGCAGGUAUUAUAAAACCCGAACAGAUUAAGAGAAAGCAACACGGUCAGGAGACUAAGGAGGAAAAGAAAGAACGGAAGCUCGCUGUUAAAAUGGAGCGAAGCGAAGCACGUAAAAUGAAGAAGGCGAUGAAAGAGCUGUACAGGAGUGAAACCCAGCAAGCUCAGAAAGUCGCUGCUAUAGCUGGCCCGUCUGCCAUUCGAUUGAUGUAGGUAAUCUACUUAUGCCAACAAUAUGUGAUUUGUCAUGGCAAAACAAAUUAUAUGAGCAAUGGUGUUUUCCAGUAUUGGUUAUUGCAACCUUUCAAGAGUUGAUUGUUAGUUUGAGUUGAAAAUU